AUGGGUGAUGAUGAUCAUAAGCCUCCGCCAACGACGGAGGAGAUUCGCCAGAAUAUGAUCAGCUCCUUUACUACUGAGAUCACAUCUUCUUCGGAACAAGUCGCUAUCCUCAUUCUUGAAGCUCAUCAAUGGGAUAUCGCCGCUGCAGUCUCCGCCUUCAGAGACGCCGUAGUCGCAGCAGCCGCCGCCGCCGCCGCCGCCAGGCCAAAUGUUCCUUCUCCGAUACGGUUGCGAUCACCACGGUCUCCAUCUCGUGUCUUCUCUCCUCGCUCAGCUCGUAAUCCAUUUAGUAGGGAGGCGAUGGAACGCGAUGGGAACAUCCUCAGCGAUUCAGAUGAAAAAGAGAACGAAGAUCCUAUGGAAUCAGAUGAUGUAGAAAGAGAUCUAUCAUCAUUACCAAGAAGACUAAAGUUCAGAAGCUUAAGCGAAAUUCUUUCGGUUAUUCCUCAAGAGAUCCCACGCACUGUCACUCUUUAUAGGAAUGGUUACACUUUCGAUGAUGAUAAUAUAUUAUGGCCAUUGGAUGAUCCCCAAUGUGCAGAGUUUCUUGAGGUCGUAGAAAGCUUGGAGUCACCACGUGCACUCGAUUCUCCAGGUGGCAAACGGCGUGUCCUUAUCACACUCAUUAUACAACAGGAUUCCUCAAAUUCAUUCCAAGGUGUGGGAAGAACUCUAGCCGAGCCAGACUCUGUUCCACCAGCUUCAUCCGACUCACUGACCACAGAAGCAACACCAUCAAUGAAUCCCACAGCGCCAACGACCUCUAUCAAGGUCAUAUUAGCAGACGGCACACCCAUUGUCUCCCGGUUCACUACUACUCACCAUACCAUCAGAGACGUUCGAGACUUCAUUGACGCGGCUAGACCAGAUGCCUCCAGAGACUACCAACUACUCAUCAUGGGGUCGUCUGCUCCUAAACUACUGACGACUGACUUAGACCAAACCAUCGACCAAGCUGGCAUCUCUAACUCUGUUCUCACCCUGAAGUUCUAG